CUGAUAAACUCUUCAGUACCCUCACAGCAGAGACAAGAAGGUGGUUGUGGUUUUUAGUUCUCAGGUUGUUGUUGUUGUGGUUCAAUUAUCAAGAGGGAGGGGACAGUUUUUCGGCCAAGAUCUCUUCUCAUUAUCGCCCAGGACUACGAUAGAGCCUUCGGGAUGACCAGAAGGUCAUAACUUUUUAACGUGUACGCAACGCUCCCCCAGACGCCUCUAUGUAUCGCAGUGACAGCGGUGGUGGAGGGGACGUCCCCCAUACCAUGGACAACCAUAUGAAUUCCAACAGCAGUCCGAACGUUAACGGAGCUGUACAGAACGCCAGGCCAUUCUUUCCUGCAGAAGGACAAGCUCCUCCUCAGGAAGCACCAGCUGUGCUCAACAACUUCUCCUCUCUCUCAAUCUCUUCAAACAAAGGUGGCAAGAUUAAGGGAGUGGACGCUCAUGAGUUCAUCCCUGGGAACAGGAUGUCCGCUGCCAGCUCAGUGCCGUCGAUGACAGGGCUGGGUGUGAGCAUGUCUAGCCCCUCGCUGUCCACCAUGCUGUUCACUGCACAGCCACACACGCCUGCUGCAGCUGGAGCAGCAGUGCCCUCUGGUGCUUCCCUGUCAGCGGGUGCCUCCCCCCUCGGGUCCCCCCUGAGCUCCCCGGGUGCGAACAGGCGCAAGCCGCCGUACUCCGGUAGUUAUGACUUCAUCCCCGGCCAGACCAGCACUCCUGGUGGCACCAUGCAGCAGCAGGCCAUGGGACCGGCAUCCUCUGCACCUGCCAUGCACGAUUUUGGCGGUACGACGUACUUCUACACAGCAGGCUCGCAGCAUGCCAGACACAGCCCGCUGCCAGCUGCACUGCUGCCAGGUGGCCACCUGUUCCACCUGCCCCACACGGCGCUCAUGAAGCCCAAGGCCAACCAGCCGUCCUUCUUCAUGCAGGAUGAGCUGCGCCUGGAUACCCUGCGGAGACAGUACCUACUGGCUGCCCAGAUCGAUCCAGUUCAGCACCCAGACAUUCCUAGUGAGGUAGACAACUACCACACCCUGUACCCCCUGGAACCAGUACCGCGGGACCCCAAACACAGGUCCAGCACCUUCGGUUUCAUCACCUCCUGCUACAAGGGCAUCAGUGCCAAGGAUGCCAUGGCGUACUGCCUUACCAGAAUACAUGGUUUCCACAUGGUGAACUCCAAGUGCAUGCUGUUUACUGACAUGUGGAAGAAGAUCCAACAUUCCAACAUUGUGCAGCUGAGGGAGGUGUUCACUACCAAGGCGUUUGGUGAACACUCUCUGGUGUUUGUGCAUGAUUACCACCCCGGGGCAGAGACCCUCAUGGCUCACCACUUCAACAACCCGCAACAGAACAAGGACUUCUUCGAGGGGACGGCUGCCAGCAAAGGAAUGGUGAACGGACCGCGGCAGCACGCAGGCCUGCUCCCGGAGAGCCUGAUCUGGUGUUACGUGGUGCAGCUCAGCUCGGCGCUGAGGACGAUCCAUGCGGCGGGGCUGGCCUGUCGUGUCAUGGACCCCACCAAGAUCCUCAUCACCGGAAAGUCAAGGUUACGUGUGAACUGCGUUGGCAUUUUUGAUGUACUGACAUUUGAUGUCAACCAGAGCAAUCCAAUGGCUCUCAUUCCACAGUUCCAGCAAGAGGACCUGUUGUCACUUGGCAAGGUGGUGCUGGCUCUUGCCUGCAAUUCCGUGGCUGGCAUCCAGAGGGAGUUUCUGCAAAAGGCCAUGGAGCUGGUGACCUUGAACUACUCCAGUGACUUGAAAAAUCUCAUACUCUAUCUGUUGACCAAUCAGGGGAGGCCGAAGAGUGUGAAUGACAUCAUGCCGAUGAUUGGCGCUCGAUUCUACACACAGUUGGAUGCAGCUCACAUGCGGUGUGACGUCAUCGAGUCAGAACUGGCUAAGGAGGUUGAAAACGGCCGUCUGUUCCGGCUAUUGUGCAAACUGGGCAUCAUCAAUGACAGGCCAGGGCUGGGUCUAGACUCGGACUGGUCAGAGACAGGUGACAGGUACCUGCUGAAGUUGUUCAGGGACUACUUGUUCCACCAGGUCACUGAGUCGGGCGAGCCAUGGAUCGACAUGGCGCACGUGGUGCAGUGCUUAAACAAGCUGGACACGGGAGUGCCGGAGAAGUUGUGUUUGGUCUCGCGUGACGAGCAGAGCGUCCUUGUGCUCAACUACCACGACCUGAAGCGCUGCUUCGAGCAGGCCUUCCAGGAGGUGCUGACCGCCAGCCAGCCCGGCGAGCAGCCGCCCACCUCCCUCCACCAGUAGCCGUGGAGCCAACUUCUACUUAUCAACAACAGACGGAACUACUAACAGGAAUCACCACCUUCAACAUGUAACCCUGCAGUUCCCACAAGAACCAGCAGGGGUCCUUCCAGUACGUGCCCGGUGGAUAGUGGACCACAGAGUUGGGGAGAUCACCCAGAUUGUAAAUACCCACUUUGGACGGCAGGUGAUCAACAGUAAAUGUUAAUAUCGUUGCAGCUAAACAUGAAGAAUCUUACUCCGUAACAGAGAUCACAGUUGUAAUAAUAACGGAGUCAGCUAGUCAGGAAAGGGACUUUUCCCACUCGAGGCCGGAUAAUCUCCAAGAAUGUGUGCGUAAAAAGGUAUGAGUCGUGUCGGCAGGUACGUGGAAUAGCGAGGCAAGUAUUAUGUAAGGUCUGGCCAGCUCUGUAAUGCUAGAUUGAAAGUUGUUGGACUUAUCAUUCGAAGCACCUUACUACCAGACUUUAGUGGCGUAUUUGCUGACAUUGUACAGUCAGGUGGGCAGAACCACUCUUAUUCCUACAGAGAAAUGUUUAUCUUUUGUUUCUGUGUACAUGUCUUUUGCCAUCAGAGGUAAAUAAAAUGAACAUUUUGAGAGAAA